CUGGAACAUAUACUUUAAAGGUAAUACAAAAACCUAUUAGCACAAUCCUUAUAGAAUUAAAAUUUGAAACACGAUAUAAGUGCUGUUGUUAAUCAUAAAGGACUUGUUUUAUUCUAUCUAUCAGGAGUUCUCGAGAUAUGCAAUAAGGAAAUUUGUUCAUAUAUAAUAAUGAAAUGUUAUUCAUAUACGAUCUGCAGGCGUAUAUCCAUAAUAUCUACGAAGCAUGAGGUUUUGUUAAGCUCUUUGUCACGAUCUCUCUGUCUCACCUGUUGUGGUCUAUAGGAAGUUAUAAUAGAAAAAAUUAGAACACUCAUGUUUGACAAAUAUAUUGUCAAAAAUUUUUAAUUCUCGUCUGCUCAUGAUUUAUAUGUCAUUGAACAUUUUUCUUAUUUUUUAUACAAUAUAUUUUAGGUACUUUAUAGAGGUUUUCAAAUCCAUAGUCGAGAAAUAACAAUUGAAAAUUCAUUAUUGCCAUUAAAUUUAACAAUUAUUAUAUCAUCCUCGACUUAUCUUCCUUACAUGAAUAGGACAAUUGUAACAUCAUCAACGAUUCCAAUAAGUUCAGGGAAUUCAUUAUCAAAUAUUUUCGUGAACUUGAAAUUUUAUCAUUAUUUAUAUUUUUAUUUAUUUAUUUUAUCCUUAUGA